AUGUUCCGUCCCCUCCACUUGACCCCCUACAUCACACGCCCCUUUCUCAUAUCGAAUUACCUCCCCACCCUCCCAAGAUUCUUCACUCUGUCUGCGCUCUCCCUCGCCAGCAAAGCCUUACCUCCCCGCCUGAAGAUUCAAGAUGCCGACGUGACCAUCUCAUACCUUAAGGGCACUGGCCCUGGAGGCCAAAAGAUCAACAAAACCAACUCUGCCGUCCAGAUCAUACACAAACCCACCGGUGUAGUGGUCAAGUCUCAAGCCACAAGAUCCCGUUCCCAAAAUGAAAAGAUUGCCCGUCAGCUGCUUGCUGACAAGGUCGAAGAGCUCUUGAAUGGGGAUCAAAGUCGUGCGGCCAUCAAGGCCGACCGCGCCAGGAAGAAGAAGGCCAGUAAAAUGAAGAAGAGCCGGCGCAAGUAUCGUGAGCUCGAAGACGGCAAGGAGAGUCAAGAGAUAGAAGAAGCAGAAGAAGAGAACGAUGCACCAGAGUCGGCUGAUGCAAAGCAUGAAUCAGAAUUGGAGGGAGCAGACAUACAAAGUCCUCAUCAGCUGUCCGCUCAACAACCGAUUCUACAGCAGAAGCAUCUCCCAGACAUCGAGCGAGGCCAGAGGUAA